AUGGACAAUUUGGAUUACACAGAGGAAUUUUGGAACCUUAUAGGAGAACGCCUGUAUCAUUGCAACCAAAUGAGCUACGGUUUCAUUCCGCUGAAUUCCUUUUCGUGAGGAGAGCUUUUGUUGUUGUGGAUUUUUUGUUGUGCCCAGGAAGAACCGAUGAGAGGAUCAUCUUCUUUAUGGAAAACAACAAGCAGGGCCAGCCAAGAACAACAAGAAAAAGGACGCAGAAAUCAUAAAGUGGUUUUGAACAAGUUAAAAAAGCGCAUAGGGGUAAAGAAAGAAAAAGCUCAAGCCCAAAAAACCCCAUUCAUAGCGAGCGGUGCGGCCAACAGCGGGUUAAGGUAUGAUGUUCCAAGGAGAAAUACCAAGAUUCCACCGUGUUAUUUAUCGCAGUCUCCAGAAUUUCCGACGAGGACGGGAAAAGGGCAAAGGCGAAAAGAGUUAAAAACGUAUGCAAAAAAGCCUCACUAACACAUCACACACCACGGUCCGCGAGUGUGUGUUUGUGGGAAAACACAUGUGUGUGGGUAGCCCUGAUUGCGCCAAGCUAAAAAAACCGAGAAUAUGAAUAGGCUGCAGAGAGAG